UUACGCGCCGAAAACAUCCGCCACUACUUCAGCUCUCCAGUCUCUUCUCCCGUCGUUAGGUCGCUAUCCCACAGCUGCCUGAAGAUUGGAGCUCUGACCCUCUCGCUUGUUUUCUGCCUCAUCUUUGGCCCUCGUCGGAUCAGAUGCAUCCGAUCUCGGAGGCCGCAGCCCCUCGUUCUGCACGAGAGCACGUGCAUGCGUGCGUCGUCGCCAUCGAUAUUUUGUUCGCCGCCUUUGACGCGUCCCGCAGGCGCGGAGCCCAGGGGAGGCCAGCGGCCCGCUCCUUUGCCGCCCAGGCCAUCCGCGCCAGAGCGAGGCAGGGCGCCUUUCGGUCCAUCAUCACCCAGGAUAUCGACGGCCACCGGGGCGCGCGGGUCGGCGCCGCAGUGCUGCGCGGGCUCUUCUCGGCCGGGCUGGCGCUGCCGGAGCCCGACGGGCGGCGGAAGAAGAGAGGGCGCCUCCAGAGGUCCGAGGGCCUGCGGGCCGGCGCCAUCUGCAGGUUAGCAGACAACUUCGUGGAAUCCUCUGCAGAGCGCUUCCAAGGUCUGGAUCUGCUUGAGAAUGUCUUGGUGGAGCUCCCAGAGGACCGCUGGGACAACAUCGAGAUCGUGGCGCGAACGGCGAACGACAAGCCCAUCAAGCGCCACGUGGACAAUGGCACCAGGUGCCACGCGCUGCUCAUCAUCAACCUGGGUCUCACUUCGCACAACAUGUUCUGGCCUGCUGGCGGCGAGGAGGUGUCCGUCAUGCUCCGCAGCGGCGACGCCGUACUCUUCGACGGCAAGUCGGAGCACGCGGCCCCGGAGGUUAUGGAGAAUUCCAGCCCUUUCCCAGCGCACCCCUGGGCCGGCUCGAGGCGCCUGGGUGUGCUGCUGCGGCAGAACAUCCCCCCCGGCGGCCCGCGGCCCAAGCGCUGCGGGGCCGCCCGGGCGCGGCUGCGGAGGGCACGGUGAGCCUCGGCGCGGCGCCAAGAUACGUUGCUCCCUUCCCUCGGCGUCGGGGCCUGACGACUUUUCCCCAAUCGGCCUGCGGGGAUCCGGCAAGACAGAUCGAGGCGCAAGCCCAGACAAGCCAGGGAAGAACAGGCCGAGCCGAGGUGAACGCAGAGGCCUCCCGGGAAGUCUGGAUUAGAGCGUGGAGGCUCCAGCGCGAGCCGACGGGGCAUCAGGAGUCGCUGAUCCCUGAAAGAUCCUUACCCUGUAGCUGUUUGUUCAUCUGCUGUCCACCUCCUCC